UGCGGGUCCCCGGCGGCAUCAGGGCUGCUCCGGGCGGGGGCACCGCCAGCAGCCCCCGGCGGUUCCCCUCUUGUCCCGUUGAGCGGGUGGUGGGGAGCUGCGAGCGGAGCGGGUUUAGAGCUUGGCGGGGGUUCCUCGGUGAUGCUCCUCCAUCCUCGGGUGGUGAGGAUAACCACGGCCCCCCCUGCAGGCGAUGGAGCCCCAGGGGCUGCCCUGGCUUCGGAGCUUGGACAAGCCCAGCCGCCUCCUGCUCCACGCCCUGGCCUCCGGCCCCCGUGGGGCACUGGCUGCGCUCCGGAUGCUGCAGCGGGGCCAGCCCGGGGAGGGACCAGGGCCCGUGUUUCCCUGGCAGAGCUUCGCUGCAGCGCUGUGCGCCGAGGAGCCUGCGCUGGACGGGCCGGAGGGGGCCCUGGCUCUGAAGCCGCGGCUGCUGCUGCUCCCUGUUGUGUGCCAGAGAAACCUCUUCUCCCUGCUGCUCAUGGUGCAAGCCCUGGUGCCAGGGAGCUGCCUGGAUCGGCUGCUCCAGGCUUUGGAGCAGGAUUCCCAUGUGGAUCCCUGGGUGCGGGCGCUGGGGAAUCUGCUCCGGCAGGAAGCAAGGGCAGCAGCGUGCUGCCCAUCUCCCGGUCCCUUGUCUUCCAUGUGCCAGCAGCAGCUUAGGUGCCUGGGCCAGAGAAUGGGCCAGAACAAUGCAGAGGGGCGAAGGAAACUGAACUGGUGCUUCAGCAAACAGCCCAGUGGCACUGGGGAUGGGGCUGACUCUGUGCUUCACGGUGGGAAGCACGAGGAAGGGUCAGAGGAGAGCCUGGAGUUGGGUGAGGAGAGAGAAGGGAAGAGGAUGCUGCUGGAGGAGGUGGUGUUGGACCCCCCGGGAAUGCGGGAGGUUGAGGAUGUGGCAGGGAGGGAAGAGGAGACGCCAGAGGAGUCCUCAGGAGAUGGAGCUGCCCAAAGCCCUUGUGGGGCUGCUCCGGAAGGCUCCCAGCAGGAAGCUCCCAGGAAGAUCUCCCAGGCAGAGGUGGCAGUGGAGGUCCAGUCCUUUCUGCAGCUGCAUGGACCGAGACUGAAGAUGCUGCUGCAGGAGUCCAGUGUAAGUGUUGCUUCUGUCUCUCUCCUGGAGCUGGUGGUCUCAACGGGCUCAAGACAGGGGCUCUGGAAGGGAUGGGAGAGGAGGUGGGUUUACAGCGAUGGCUGGAGGCUGCUGCCACAGGGGUUUGCUCCCUGGAGCUGUUUUGUGGUUGGUUUAUUGCUACUCAAGGUUUCCCUCCAGCACCCAGAUCUCAGCAUCCCCCCUGAGCUGCACGUCCUGAACAGCUGCUCUCCUGCCCAGCUCUCCACGUGCCCGGAGCACCUCCUGCUGCGUUUCUGCAGCUGGUUGUUGGUUCUGAGCCCUGAGCUCGGCUACACCAGCGCAGCCACCCUGGCGCAGCAGCUCUUCCUCAGGCGAGUCCUGUCCCUCACCCAGCCGCCCUCCCGACACCUUAUGGCUGCCCUCACUUCGUUUUGCUCCAAGUAUUCCCAGCCCUUCUGUCGUGUCCUGGUGGCUGCGGUCCUGCAGGAGCCUGGGGAAGGUGCUGAGCAGACCAAGCUGCUGUGCGAGCUGGUGGAGGAGUGCCUGGAGCCGGACUCCGUGCGGCUGGUGCUGAGCCAAGUCUUGGAGGUGCCGUUGUCAGAGAAGCUCCUGCCCAUAGUUCAGGCUGUGCUGGGCCGGCAGGAGGUGCUGCCCCCGGAGCUCUUGGAUGGGCUGGUGCUGGCACUGUGCCGGCAGGCCCCAGCCCUCGGCACGGCGCUGGGAUACACUGGGCUGGUGAUGGCCGUGCUCACCAUGUACCAGAGCCAGGUGUGCUGGUCCCGGAGCCUCCGCGCUUCGCAGAUGAAGCCGCUCGCAGGGACCUCGCUGGGAGAGGAGGAAGAGGAGGCACAGGGGCUCGCCCAGGGGCGCCGACGGCGGCAGAGGCAGAGGAUAAAGGGGCCCAGCGCCUCACCUCAGAGGGAGCAGCAGGCAGAGCUGGCCGGGCUCCCUGUGUCUCCAGAUGAAGGGAGGAUGAGCAGUCCCGAGGGGCACCCAGAUGGGGUUUUGGCUGGGAGUGAGCAGAGCAUGGAGCACGUUGGUGAGGUGCCAGGUACGGACAGGCAGGAGGUGGCUGUGCACACCAGGGACAGUGCUGGGGCCAAGGAAGAUGCAGAAACCCCAGAGGAGCCACUGCUGGGUUUCCCCAGUGAGCUUGCGGUGCUGGAGAGACUCGGCUUGCACGGGGUGGCUUUGACAGAGCAGGAUGUGGAGGCAGCCUUUGCCCACCUCGCCCUGGCUUUUCGCUGUGACGUGUUCACCCUGUGGCAGCGGGUGCAGGUGGAGAGACGGGCACGGGAUGCGGCAGAGGAAAACAUCCAGGAGGAGCUGGGGCAGUGCCGGGCUGCUCUGGAGAGGCUGUGUCCAUUCUGCACUGACACGGGCUGCAGGGAGACACUGGAGCAGCUUCAGCACAGCCUGGCCGUGCUGGCGGCUGCUGUGGAGCGGGCAACCAGUGCUGCAGAGAAGCUGGGGGCUGUACAUCAGGAGGCCCGGAUGAGCCGAGCAGCAGAGGUGAUGGUCCAGCACGUGGAGAACCUGAAGCGGCACCACCUGCGGGAGCACACGGAGCUGGAGGAGAUGAAGCGCCUGAUCCAGCAGAACUCCCGCAACCGGCAGCUGGCAGAGAGCCAGGAUGACGCGGAGCCACGGCUGAGGCCUCAUCCCCUGAUGCGAAGUUUCCAGCAGGGGUCUGCCCGCCGCAGAGUCAGCAUCGCCGUCAUCCCCAAGCAGCUCUUGCCAGGUGCCAGCGCUGAGAGCCGAGCGGCGCUGGCCGGGGAGCUGGAGAGGGACGGGGCCCAGCGCUGGCGCAGCACCCAGAGGAGCGAGCUGGAGCCGCAGGGCCAGGGCAGUGCCGUGACCGGGGACACAGCGGCUGAGGCACAAGACAAAGGCUCAGGUGCAGGGAGCAAGGAGCCGGAGCAGCUUGGGCUGAUGUCCAAGGGGUCCCCAGAGGUGCUGUGGCGGCCGUGGCUCUUCCUCCCGCAGUACUACUGGGUUUUCUUCUGGCUGCUUCUCCUGAGCAUCGCCUUCCUCCUCCUCAUCCGUGCCCUGGAGCUGCAGCGGCUGCAGUCUGUGGCAUCGCCCAAGGCCUAAGCCUGAGCAGGGAGGGGAAGUCCCUCAGUCUGUGUCGUUGCUCCUUCCUCACACUGUAAAACACCACAGCCCUAGAAUAAUAAAACCGGAGGGAAAAUGG